AUGAAAGGACUAAAGAGAUGGAGUCAGCCUUUGGGUAUGUUUGCAUCAUGCCCAGGAGAAUUUGAAAACUUCACUAAAUGUUUCAUUGAUGCAAGUAAUCUGCAAUACAGCCAAGAAGACAUCGAGAAAUUUAGGACUGACAAUAAUAUAACAAUUGUCAGAGAUGGAGAAUAAGAUAAUGACAUAAUUUAACCCUUUUUAGAUUGGAAACAUUUUCCAUUGGGACCUCCAGAAUUUCAAUAACCAACAGCCAUUUAAUCUGAAGUCAUUCCAAUCGUAUUAUCUGGUAGAAAUGCCUUAGCAAUUGCUCAAACUGGAUCGGGUAAGACUUUAGCCUAUUUGCUACCUGCUCUCGUGCAUCUAGAACAACACGCUAUGAUUAUGGAGUCUCCAUAACCUAAACUGCUUAUAUUGGUACCAACAAGAGAACUGGGAGUAUAAAUAUAUGAUUAAUUGCUUUAACUAAUUGAAUUUUAUUAUGGAAAUAAGAAGUAAAAUGAGAAAGAAAACAGUCCUAAUUUAACGAAUCUCAAGAUUGUCUGCAUUUAUGGUGGAAACCCAAAUAAGAAACAACAAGUUGAAUUAAUUCAGAAGGGUAUCCACGUAAUUGUAGCCACUCCAGGAAGACUAAUUGAAUUAAUCGAUGAAGGAAUGGUAAAUCUAAAUAAAAUCACUAUGCUGAUACUCGAUGAGGCUGAUAGAAUGUUAGACAUGGGAUUUGAACCUCAAGUCAGAGACAUAGUCUCUACUAUAAGAGAAGAUAGACAAACGAUAUUGUUGUCGGCAACUUGGCCUAAUGAGGUUUAGUAAUUGUCGAAAGAGUUCUGUUACGAUCCCAUCUUAGUUAAGAUUGGGAAGGGGGCUCCAAUUACUUAAAAGAUUAUUUGCACAGGACAAAAGGAGAAGUUACAUGUUCUUAUGAAUGUCUUAGACGAUUUGAUAUAUACAGAUAAGGUCUUGAUUUUUGCAGAAACCAAGAAGAGAUGUGAAGAUCUAAGUCAGAGUCUCACAAAAUAAGGUUAUUUCUGUAUCUCAUUACAUGGAGACAAAUCGUAAGAUUAAAGAGAUGCAAUCAUGAAAUAAUUUAAGGAUUCAAACACCAGAUUGAUUUGUGCCACUGAUAUUGCAUCCAGAGGCUUAGAUGUUAAGGACAUUACUGUUGUUGUAAACUAUGAUUUCCCUAAGUCCUUUGAUGAUUAUAUUCACAGGAUCGGUCGAACUGGAAGGGCAGGAGCUCAUGGAAGAAGCUUCUCCUUAUUGUCCUAUGAAAAAGAUGAAGGAAUUCUUGCUGAUUAGGUCAUCACUUAUUUAAAUUCUUGCAAUCAAGAAGUCAAUCAGGAAUUGCUGGAAUUCAAAGAUAAAGCUCUCAAAGUCAAAUAGGAAAGACAACAGCGAAAACUUUAACAAUAUAUAGACAAUUCUAAUCAAACUGGCAUUCCAAACUCCAUCUAUCCUCCUAAUAAUUUUUGUUAGACUUCAGAAAAUAAGCAAGAGAAUAGCAAUUAAUGGGAAGGUAGAUAAUAGUAUAUCAACCAAGGGAGCAAUCAAAAAAAACCAUAUCACAAGCAUAGUAGAAGUGAAUACAAUGAGGAGUAUAAGGGGGAAAUAUAGCAAUAUCAAUAACAUCAUUAGAGAAAUUAUAAUAUGGAUUUCAAAAAUAAAUAGCAAUAGGAUAGAUAGCCAUAAUAGUAAUUUCAACAAUAGUAGAAAAAGAAUUAAGGUGAUUCACGAUAAGUCAAUGUGAGAAAUAGAUUUUAAGAUGCUGAACAACCUAAAAUUUUAGAAUUAAAUUAAGAGCUAGAUUUAAAAAAUUAUAAAUUAUUGCCAUAGUUCUAAGAAGAAGAUAAAACUAAUUCUUUUUCGAACAAACGAUUUAAUGAUUAAGAUUAGAAUUAGAAUUAAAAAACUUAUAAUAUGGACUUUAGAAGUGAAAAUGAUAAUUAAAAUAGGAGAAAUAAUAACAAUACACAAAAUCAUAAUAAUAAUCAUGAAGCUUAAUUCUACAAUGAUAAGUAUCUUAAUCACUUAAAAAAUGACAAGACUUAUAAUAAUGAUAGAAAUUAUAAUAACCAUUAGAGAAAUUAUGAUAAGAAUUUUAAUAAUCAUAAUGAUAGACAAAAUAAUAAUAAUAAUUUCGAUAGAAACAAUAAUGAAAGAAUCACUUUUGAUAGAAGUAACAAUGAAAGAAAUUAUGUAGAUAAAUCUAAUAAUGAAAGAAAUUUUGUAGAUAAAGCUCAUAAUAAUAAUGAGAGAAAUUUUGUAGAUAAGCAUAAUAAUGAAAGAAAUUAUGUUGAUAAGCAUAAUAAUGAAAGAAACUUUGUAGAUAGGCCCAAUAAUGAAAGAAACUUUGUAGAUAAGCCUAAUAAUGAUAGAAAUUUUGUAGAUAGAAGUAAUAAUGAAAGGUAGAAUGAAAGAAAUAAUAACGAAAGAUAUAAUGAUAGAAAUAAUAAUGAAAGGUUUACAAAUGAAAAAAAUAAUAAUGAAAGAUAUAAUAAUGAGAGAUUUAAUAAUGAAAGAAAUUUCAAAGUAAAUAAUAAUGAAAGGAAUUUCAAUAAUAAUGGUGAUAAAAACUUCUCUAAUUAAAACAAUUUUGACAGAAACAAUAAUGAAAGAAAUUUUAAUAAUCAAUAAUCUAGAAAUUUCACAGGUGGAAAUGAUAAGAGUUUUAAUGAAAGAGUCUUUGCUGGUAAUGAUAAAUAUCAAAAUAACAAAUAGAUCAAUUCAAUGUAAAAUGAUAGACAAUUUAAUUCAUAAAAAAACAAUGGUAAUGAUUAAAAUUAUGAGAAUGACUAAAAAAUAUCAUCUAAAUAAUAUUAAGGAUUUUCAAAAUCUGAUUUUACAAAAUAUCAAAAUAUGAAGGGUUAAUAAAAAUGA